AUGGUCAUCUUUAUCGCUAGCGGUGUUGCGGCUGAGCGAGGCGUGAUUUUCAAAUCGGCGGGGAGCAUCGAGAUCGCCUACAAGACGUCGCAUGUUGUUUUUGACAAGACCAGCACGAUCACGGAAGGCAAACUGACCGCGGCCCGGGAAUGGCACAGUGGCAGCGACCAGAACGCGACCCAGUCGCUGCUUCUUGGUCUGGUGGGGAGCAUCAAGCACCCUGUCUCCGCCGCGGUGGUUAGGCAUCUCAAAGCCCAAGGCGUGACACCUUCCCAGGUGUCUGACCCGAAGACCCUGACAGUCGAAGGCACUGCGAAGGGUACCGGCUUGACCCUCCAGGCAGGAACCUUACUUCAGAUGCGGUCGCGCACUUUCUGCUUCACGAUCGGCGGUUCCGUGGCCGCGAUCUUCGGUCUCGAAGACUCGGUCCGACCCGACGCCGCCUCUACAAUCAAGAUCCUGCUCGACCGCGGCAUAUCGGUCCAUAUCAUCUCGGGCGAUGACGAUGGCGCCGUGCGCUCCGUUGCAGCCCAGCUGAACAUUGCCGAGACAAACGUCCGCCCUCGCUGCACCCCCGCAGACAAACAAGCAUACAUCCAGGACCUUCUCGAAGGCCCUGCCUCUCCGAACCACACCAACGCCGAGAGCAAGAAAACCGAGAAGCCGGUCGUCAUCUUCUGCGGCGACGGCACCAACGACUCGAUCGCCUUGGCCCAGGCCACCAUCGGCGUGCACAUGAACGAAGGAGGCACCGACGUCGCCCGAUCCGCGGCCGACGUCGUCCUCAUGCGUCCAAACCUCGGGGGGAUCCCCACCGCCAUCACCGUGAGCAGGAAGUCGAUUCAGAGGGUCGUCUUCAACUUUAGCUGGAGCUUCGUCUACAACCUGUUCGCCAUCCUGCUCGCCGCUGGUGCAUUUGUCAACGCGAGGAUCCCGCCCGAGUUUGCCGGCUUAGGCGAGCUCGUCAGUGUCUUACCUGUCAUCGUUGCGGCCAUGCUACUACGAUGGUCCAAGAUCUGA